AUGUCGCCGCCGCGGCCGCGGCUAGCUUUAGUCGUCGGGUUAGUUCUGCAACUGGGCGCAGGCAUAUCGAAAGUCUCAGAAGAGUCGGAUACAGACAAGUUCAUGACGAUCGAGGAUGCCGUUAAACAAGAGGGCACCGAAGGUAUCGUACACGAAUGGAGUGGUAUGAUGGUUUGCUGCUCUGCAUCUGUCAUGCUGGCGCUGCUGAUCGGCAACUUCCUCCACGUUUGCCAGGUAAGCAUCAUCAGCGAAUCGAGCGUUAUCAUCCUGGUGGGUUUCCUGCUUGGCACGGUUCUGCCGACAGAUGGGUCUAUCCUGUGUUGGGCAAUGGGAACUGUCGACGUCGAGACGGAGGGCUUGGUGAUGGCUUCCUUCUUGAACCUCUUCCUGCUGCCAGUGAUCAUUUUCGAGGCUGGCUGGUCCAUGAUGCACCGCGACUUCAUCAACCAGCUGCUAACAAUUCUGACGUUUGCAGUGCUCGGCACGCUCAUCUCGAUGCUAGUGGUUGGGAGCCUCAUUCUCUCAACCUGCCACAUUCAUGGGAUUUGCAGCGCACGCACAGCAUUCACCUAUGCAGCCCUGAUCUCGGCAGUAGAUCCCGUGGCCACCCUUGCGACAUAUGCGCAUCUGCAAGUUGACCCUCUUCUCAACAUCAUCGUGUUUGGAGAGUCUGUUGUCAAUGAUGCAGUUGCCAUCGUAUUAUUUCGCGUUCUGAAUAGCUCCGAGAGUUUCGAGGACCUGAGCGUUGGCCAAGUCACUGGUCGCAUUGGAUCCCAGACUACCUUGCUGCUCUUCGGCUCUGUCGGGCUGGGCAUCGCUCUGGGCUUUGUGCUCAUGCUGACUACUCGCUUCUGUCGUUUGGCGGACCAGACCUCUCCUUGUGUACUGUUCGUUUUUGUAUCCAGCUUUUUCAUCUACUGCUUUGCGGAGCGAGUGUGUUCGAUGUCAGGGAUUAUCACCGUGCUGUUCGCUUCCAUGUUUGCUAGCGCUUUCGCAAGGGAGCAGUUCUCCUCAGAGGCCACCAUGUUCUGUGCUUUUGCACUGAAGCAGGCAGCCACUCUAGCCGACAUGGUAGUUUUCCUUUUCGUUGGCAUCACGGCCGUGUACUGCGAUCGCAGAGGCCUAGUCUUCGGAAGUCUCGUCAUCGCCUUCUGCCUUCUUGGAAGAGCAGCUGCCGUGUUGCCGCUUGCACUGCUAACAAACGGUUGCAAGUCUGUGGCUGGCCACUCACUGAGCUGGGAGAAGAGUCUGAGAUUGAACUGGAAGAAGAUCUUCAUGAUGUGGCACGCUGGCUUGCGUGGGGGAAUUGCUUUGGUCCUCACAUUGGAGCUAGAGCCGUGGGUCGAUGAGGGUUCACCUGGCACCAGGGAUACCCUUCGGAAUGCUACAAUUCUGAUCAUUGUCUUUUUUCUGCUCUUUUUCGGGGGCACGACCAAAGUCUUGCUGAAGUGUCUGGGAAUCCCGAUGGAAGGCAAGGCCAAGCCGAUGCACAUCCACCAUGACAACGUCUGGCGCUGCCUACACUACAUAAAACAUAGAGUUCUAUCUAAAGCGUUGGUUCCGGACACCGCGAAAAUGAAUGAGGGCGCCCUUCCUCAGCUGAUGGCGGACUUCGCCGCUGUUGAGAGGAAGGUUUCUUCCGCUUCUCUUCCCGGCGGUAUCCGCUCCUCGAGACUGCCGGUGAUCCCAUCACAGCGUUCCGUGGAUGCCCGGCGUGGUAAUGAUUUGGUCAGCCUCUUCGGAAUGGUGGAUCCGUUGAACGCGAAUGAUUCCGGCUCAGAAUCGGGCACCGACGAGACUGAGGAGAGUGCCACAGAAACAGAUGAGUGA